AUGGCCGCGCCCUGGAUCCUGCUGAUGUCCGUGUGGCUCCCGCUGAGCCUCGCCCCCGUGUGCCAAGCUCAGGAGGCCCCUCCGUCUGGAUGCGGCACGGACCUGGCCUCGCUGUACUACAACCUCUGCGACCUGUCGGUGGCCUGGGGCAUCGUGCUAGAGGCGGUGGCCAGCUUCGGGGCAGUGACCAGCUUCGUGCUCACCAUCAUCCUGGUGGCCAGCCUGCCCUUCGCACAGGACCCCAGGAAAAAGAGCCUGGUGGGGACUCAGGCGUUCUUCCUCCUGGGCACAUCCGGCCUCUUCGGCCUGACCUUCGACUUCAUCGUCAAGCGAGACUUCUCCACCUGCGCCUCACGGCGCUUCCUCUUCGGGGUCCUCUUCGGGAUCUGCUUCUCCUGCCUGGUGGCCCAUGCCCUCACCCUUAACUUCCUGGCCAGGAGGAACCAUGGGCUGCAGGGCUGGGUGACCUUCGGCGUGGCCCUGCUGCUGGCCCUGGUGGAGGUGAUCAUCAACGCCGAGUGGCUGCUUAUCACCCUGGUGAGGAGCAACGGCCCCUCCCAGGACCCCUGCACCGUGGCCAACGAGGACUUCGUCAUGGCGCUCAUCUUCGUCAUGUUCCUCCUGUUGGCCGCCUUCGCCACUGCCUGGCCAGCCCUGUGCGGCCGCUACAAGCACUGGAGAAAGCACGUCAUCUUCAUCCUCCUCACCACCUCCCUGUCUAUGAUCAUCUGGGUGGUCUGGAUCAUCAUGUACCUCUACGGGAACCAGCAGAGGGGAGGCCCGGCCUGGGACGACCCCACCCUGGCCAUUGUUCUGGUGGCCAAUGCCUGCGUCUUCGUCUUCUUCUACAUCAUCCCUGAGGUCUCCCACGUGACGCGGCCAGGCCCAGAGCAGGCCUACGAGGACGACAUGUACCCGACCAGGGGCGUGGGCUACGAGACCAUCUUGAAGGAGCAGAAGUCCCAGAGCAUGUUUGUGGAGAACAAGGCCUUCUCCAUGGAUGAACCCGCCUCAGCCAAGAAACCGGUGUCACCUUAUAGCGGGUACAACGGGCAGCUGGUGACGAGCGUGUUCCAGCCCACGGAGAUGGCUCUGAUGCACAAAGGGCCCUCCGAAGGCAACUACAACGUCAUUCUCCCCCGGGCCAGCGCCAACAGCCAGAUGACCAGCAGUGCCAACUCCACCCUGCGCGCAGAGGAUGCCUACGCGGCACAGAGCUGGCACGCAGCAGCCCAGAAGGAUGGCAAGGGCGUCCAGGCUCCCUCUCCGUACAGCAAGAGCAGGUGGUAG